AUGUCGGAUUCAAACUCAACGGUAGCCAGGAAUAGUAUUGAUUCCAAUAAGAUUACCUCAUAUAAUGAGGCCCUCAACAAGGAUGCCACAGACGCUAGCAACAGCUUAGAGAAAGCCCACUCUGGAAUGUCAGCACAGGAAAAGGAGUUGCAAAAGAUUAGAACCCACCAAGAGGGUCUUGAAAGAAUCUUGACUGAAUUGCAUGAAGGUGCUGGUAUGCUUGGUGCUGCUGAACAACCAUACGAUAUUAAGCGUGUUGAAACACAUCCAGAUCCAAACUCAGACUUUAACGAUGCUGAUCCAUGGAAAUACCCUAUUGAUGCUGAUACUGGUUUGAGACUUGUUCAGUGGACUGAUGAUGAUAAAGAAAACCCCAAGAAGUUGUCGUUGGCUAUGAAAUGGUUAUACACUGCUUGCUUGGGUUCGAUUUGCUUUAUUGUUGCUCUUGGUUCAGCCAUCGUUACUGGUGACUUGGAGAGACCAGCUGCUUAUUUUGGAGUCUCUGAAGAAGUGAUUAUCCUUGCAUCCGUUACCAUGUUUGUCCUUGGUUUCGGUUUUGGUCCAUUGUUGUUUGCUCCUAUGUCGGAAGAAGUUGGUAGAAAACCAAUUUAUGCUGUCACUUUGGCAUUAGGUGUUAUCUUUAUCAUUCCAUGUGGUGCUGCUAAAAACAUUGGUACCAUGAUCAUUUGUCGUUUAAUUGAUGGUGUUGCUUUUAGUGCACCAAUGACCUUGAUUGGUGGUUCCUUGGCUGACAUUUGGGAUGGUCCUGAAAGAGGUACUGCUAUGGCUGUGUUCUCUGCUGCUCCAUUUUUGGGUCCUGUUGUUGGUCCAAUUUUUGGUGGAUUAUUGGCUGACAAUGCUCCUACUUGGAGAUGGAUCUACUGGACUUUUUUGAUCAUUGCUGGUGUUUUCUACGUUUUGUUUAUCGUUAUUGUUCCUGAAACCCACCACGGAAUCCUUUUGAAAAAGAGAGCCAAGAAGUUGAGAAAAUUGACUGGUGAUGAUAGAUACAAGAGUUUUAAUGAGCUUGAAAUUAGAACAUUUGCCCAAGUUGCUAAACAAUCUCUUUUGAGACCAUUUAUUUUGCUUUCCGAGUUGAUUGUGUUUUUGAUGACACUUUAUAUGUCAGUGGUUUACGGUUUGUUGUACAUGUUCUUCUUUGCAUACCCUAUGGUUUUCCAAGAAGGUAAAGGUUGGUCUGCCUCAAUGACCGGUGUCAUGUUUAUCCCAAUUGGUGUUGGUGUUGUUACUUGUACAUUAGUUGCACCUCUUUUCAACAGAGACUACAACAGAAGAGCUCAGCAAUACAGGGACAGGGGUGAAUUGCCACCACCAGAAUUGAGAUUGAUUCCAAUGAUGAUUUCAUGUUGGUUUGUGCCUGCAAGUCUUUUCGCAUUUGCUUGGUCAUCUUACCCACACAUCUCAUGGGCAGGUCCAUGUUUCUCAGGUUUCGGUGCUGGUUUUGGAUUCUGUUGUUUGUAUAAUCCUGCAAACAACUACAUUGUUGACUCAUACCAGCAUUAUGCUGCUAGUGCCUUGGCUGCAAAGACUUUUGUCAGAUCGGUUUGGGGUGCUUGUGUGCCAUUAUUCACGAUCCAAAUGUACCACAGAUUAGGCUACGAAUGGGCCAGUUCGUUGAUGGCUUUCAUUUCCUUGGCUUGUUGUGCUAUCCCAUACCUUUUCUUUAUCUAUGGUGAGAGAAUUAGAGCAUUCUCCAAAUAUGCUUAUGCUCCAAACAUGGACGCUAAAAAACCAGACAUUGAGAAGAGUGGUCAUUAA